AUGCCUGAGAUCAAGCGAUGGCUCAAAAAGCUGGAGGUGGACUCGAUGGAGGGGUUGACGAACAAGCAGUUGAUGUUGACGAACCAUGACUUGCAACCAGUCGAACCCGAUCGCCGGCGAUGGAGGUGGUACAACUUUGUUACGUUCUGGAUCGCAGAUUCGCUCAACAUUAAUACAUGGAUGAUUUCCUCCUCGAUGAUUGUUGACGGUUUGUCCUGGUGGCAGUCGUGGAUUUGCGUCUGGGUUGGAUAUUUCCUGGCUGCUUGCUUUGUCUGCUUGACCGGUCGAAUUGGUGCCGUCUACCACAUCUCCUUCCCUGUUGUAUGUCGAUCAUCCUUCGGGGUUUGGGGCUCGCUAUGGCCGGUGUUGAAUCGUACGGUCAUGGCGAUUAUCUGGUACGGUGUGCAGGGAUUUAUUGGGGGGCAAUGCGUUACCCUAAUGAUUCGGGCUAUUUGGCCAAGCUAUAACACCAUUCCCAACGGGAUUCCCGAAAGUUCUGGAGUUACUACCAGAGACUUUGUGAGCUUCUUCAUCUUCUGGCUGCUUUCUCUACCUGCUCUCUGGUUCCCAGUCCAUCAACUCCGCCACCUCUUCACCGCAAAGUCAAUCUAUUCUCCCAUUGCUGCCAUUGCAUUCUUUGCUUGGUCGAUAUCUCGCGCCAACGGUCUUGGGCCGAUUGUUCAUCAGUCUCAUACCGCUCAUGGAAGUACUCUGGCUUGGGCCGUUGUGAAAGCCCUAAUGAGCUGCAUGGGCAACUUUGCUGCCUUGAUCAUGAACGAUCCAGACUUUUCUCGAUUUGCCCGAAAGCCAAAGGAUGCUCUAUGGGCGCAGCUGUUUACAAUUCCUAUCGGAUUCGGCAUUACGUCCUUUAUUGGUAUCAUUGCCUCUUCAUCUUCUGCCGUCAUUUUCGGCGGAGACGCAAUCUGGAACCCUCUUGACCUCCUGGGAAGGUUUCUUGAGGGCGCCAGCUCAGCCGAACGCUUUGGCAUCUUUGUUAUCGCGCUUGGGUUUGCCGUGGCGCAGUUGGGUACCAACAUCUCCGCCAACUCGGUCUCUGCGGGUACAGACAUGACCGCUUUACUUCCGCGAUACAUUAAUAUCAGACGAGGCAGUUACAUUUGCGCCGCUGCUGGUUUGGCCAUGUGCCCGGUAUGCUGCCUUCCUUAG